AUGGCACUGGAGCAAGUCUAUAAGUGGUUUGAAUGGAGCCAAGCUGACUUCACGCAGGAAGACAUGCGUCAGGCUGACGUAGCUAGUGAGACGCACAGCGGACGAGAGAGCGUCCGUCGUUGGAGCAGCCUUCCUCCCUCGUUUGCCAUCUUUGGUCAGCCGAUUCUUUCCGCUCAGCUGGCGGCCGCCAUCUUCAUUACGAUGGAACCGGGCCCACUUUCGCUGCAGCGCCGCGCCCCGGUCUGUCAUUACACUGUGUGCCGAACCAGCCAAGCGGUCGGGGGUCGUGCGCGAGCCUUUAUAACCAGUCCAGUCCGCUAUUCGCAGCGGGACGGCCAAUCGGGGGCAUGCCGCGAAGCAACAGGUUCCCGGUCCGAAGCGGAAUGGCCCCGAGCUGACGGAACGGACCGGUUGAGGCCCUGCGCGCAUCGUGACGGCCUGGCUGGCCCGGCGGACAGCGGAAUGACCAAGCGGGGCGCGUUACAGCGGAACGAACCCGUGAAAGACAAAGCCACAGCGGACCCGGCACGCGAUAAGGCGGUGCAAAACCCGCUUGCUUUCACAGAGACAAGUCAAGGUCUCGGCGCUACCUCUGAGAGGAUUGGCUUCACUAUGGCAACGGCCUUCUUCCCGACUACUCCACUGAGAAUGCUGCUGAAGAUUCUCGCCCUAUUGGGGGCCGCGCAGGGAGCGUUGGCGCAAUAUUCAUGCUCUAGCCUCUCUGACCGGAGACUCUCCGGAAACGCGUGCCCUUUGGUUGGAUACGUCGCCUUGUCCCCACAAGCGCUCCGAAGGAUUGCUUGUGUCUAUGACAUCCCAAACGCGAGCCCUUACAAUAUAGUCACGUGUGAAUACGACGUCCGCUCCGGAAAAGUGAUGGAUCUCGGCGUCGAGCCCCUCUGUCCUGACGCUCUCGUACCCUUCCCCAAACCAACGGCCCCCCUGCUUCCAUCCCCUUCGCCCACUCCAACCUCUACGCUAGCAAAUGGUCCGACCGUCUGUCAGGCAGGCGUGACCUGUGCCAGCUGUCUUACGGGCUGCGACACCAACUGGAACUGCUCCCCCGGUUACAACUGCGCCGGCGGGUGUGGCGGCGCUCCUCCCCCGACGUCCGUACUGAAGCAAGGAUUCAAAGGCAUAUGCCUGCCCAACUGCGGCACCCAGCCGAAUGCUACUAGCGGCUGUUAG